UGAAGGCAGCACCAGACCAGAUUAGGCGGGUGGUUGUAACGUUAGUAAAUGGUAAAAACCGAGACAAAUUUAUCUUUGAUAAUAGUAGCCAUAUUAAUUAUUAGUUAACGUUUAACCGCAAGAGUUCCACUGAAUCGAUAACCGUUACACGUGCACUACAUAUCCCAGGGAGCCACGGGUCGUUCCGUGCCGUAUCCAGGAAGUCGUAUGUGGUUGUCAAGCAAACUUUUGCUUGUAAGCAAAGUGCUCUCAGUCUGUAAAAUGUAUAACGUUAGAUCUUUUUAGCCUGCAGUUUUCUGCAACAGGCAGCCGUGAGAGAUGAGUUGCUGUCAUCAUGGCUCUGUGCCCCAGGAGGUCCGGCCCGGCACAGCACGGGUCCUAGUGACUGAGCCGAGUGGAUCAGGCCACAUCAACCCAACUCCUGCCACGAAACCAUGCGAGGACUCUGAAGCAGCAGUGGAGCUUUACCUCUCUCCAGAGAAGCUGGAAUCGCUGUGUGGAACUCGGGACCUCUCUCAAGUGACCUCGCUGGAGAUCUGCGUAGACACACAAGAAAAUACACUGGCUAACUUUGGUGCCUACUUGCCCAAGCUGGUGCAGCUCAAAAUGAACAACAGCACAAUUAUGUCAGUAAGAGACCUGGGAACCACCCUCUCCCACCUGCAGGUGCUGUGGAUGUCUCGCUGCUCCCUCCAAGACCUAGAUGGCAUUUCUACUUUCUCCUCCCUCAAGGAAUUGUAUGUGGCCUAUAACAAAGUGUCCGACCUGAGUCAGGUUGGCAUGCUAAUGAACCUGCAGCUGUUAGAUCUGGAAGGGAAUGAUGUGGAUGACCUAGUCCAGAUUCAGUAUCUUGGGUUGUGUGGUAAACUCCAGACACUUACCCUGGAGGGAAACCCUGUGUGUGUGCACCCAAACCCCACUGCCAUCCAGACAGCAGACUAUAGUUAUCGGGCUGCAGUGAGGGAGUUGGUUCCCCAGCUGCGUUACCUAGACGAUUUAAGGGUGGAGGAAGACGGGCUGAGCUGCAUCAGCACCAUGGGAGAGGACUGGGCCAUUCUCCGAAACUCCAUCAGAGACGUCCUCUCCUCUCAGGCAGCUACUAAAGACGAGGAAAGGGCAGACGGCGCAUGUCCUUACAGCAGACCUGGCUCUGCAAGGCGCCCUGCUUCCAGCCGCUCUUGCGUCUGGCCCCUCUCGUCAGCAGGCUCCAGACCCCACACUGGCUCCAGACCCAUGUCAGCGACCGGGCCUGGAGCUCUUUCCCCUCCUGGAUCCAGACCUGGAUCUGCAGACUCCGAUCUAGCGACAGUGGAAGCAGAAACCAGCAUCCUGACGCAUGGAGCUGGAAAGAUCCUGUUCUGUGGAAACCCAGUCCAGGCUAUUCGAGCAAGAAGAGAAAAGUUGAGGACUGCUCCCACCAGGUCUACUUUCACCCCCCGGGACCUGCCCAUCCAUGUACCGGAACACACGUACGACUUUGAGGAGCAUGAUGUCAGAGAACGCGUUGAUGUGUUUGCAGAGCUUAGAGCUUGGAGGGAGCAGCACAGCAGCCGUCUCCAGGCCAUAGAGACAGAAAGAUUACCGCAGGUCCUGGCCAUCCAGCACAGUGAUGAAGGGGAAGAUGAUGAUGAAGAAGAAGUCUUUGGCGGUGUAAGGAAUGACAGCAGUGAUGAAGAACACAGAGCGGAGAAGCAUGGUGAAAGCCUUGACUCCCCAGAUUCCUCUUUCCAGUCUCUAUCCCCAGACCUGCAUCAGAGAGAGGCCUUAUCCCCUGAGGUGUCUCGACUCUCCCUGUCCCCAGACACCAGACUGUGCCCUUCUCCCCCUCCAACACCCGCACCAACAGCUAAUCGCAAGCCACCAGGGAUCCGCGCACGUAGGCUUCGACUCAGCCAGACCAACUCCGAACACUCACCUGAUUUCAGCAGAGUAGGGCGCUCCCCUGGGACAGGUACAACCGCAGGAGACACGGACCUGACACUCCAGAGGGUCCCGCAGUGGACCAGGACUGAUGUGCCUCUGUUACCCCAGCCUGCACACAUACCCCGCCCCCCUCCAACAAGUGCCCUGGGUAAAGAGCUCAUGGGUUCAAGUACAGAGAUGGACUUAUCCAGUAUACAGUCUGGCAGCAAGCAUCUUCUAACUCCUCAGAUGUCCAAAGUCCUGGACAGACCAGCAAUUACUCGUCCUCACACAGCCAGAGCAGCUCUACAGAAACAUCACCAGCACCACAUACACCAACCCUGCAGAGGGAGCUCACAGCCCGACUGACCACAGAAUGGGCAGUUGUUUGGAUGCCUGGCCAGUGAUCAGUAUGAUUAAUAUGACCAUUGUAUACCCUUAGGAACAAAGUGGUAGCAUGGAAGACAUUACGGGGCAUUCACUUGCUCACUCACUCCAUGCUUUGAGGUGUGUUGGAAUUACCUGUAUUUUUGCCAUAUGAUGUUCUCUCUCUCUCCUUUUAAAAAAAAAAAAGAAAAAGACCCAGAAUAUAUUGAAAGCAUUUCCAGAUGAGUUGGGACUCAUCAACACACCAACAUUCAGUGAACUCAUGAGUUUUUGAGUAAUUAACACGAGUGUAUGAGUGUGAACAACCGUGUAUCUGGAGGACUGAGAUUAUCCUUCUAAUGCUACUGAAUUGUUGGUUUCCUGAUGGCUGUGUUGGAUGAAUAAUAAAGGGGAUGUGACUAAAACCUCACUUUUGCAUUUCUCAGGUUGAAACUUUGAAUUGUUCUAACUCAAAUGCUACCUUGUGUUUUACCCAAUUAAAACAAAAACUUCAAUCGA